AUGUGUGGCAUCUUCGCCUGUCACAACCACCCGGAUGUGGUCAAGUUCAAGCCGACUGCUUUGAAGCUUUCCAAGGCAAUUCGGCAUCGGGGACCUGAUUGGAGCGGCAGCGUUACUUGCCACAAUACGAUUCUGUGCCAUGAACGGCUCAGCAUCGUCGGCGUUGGUGGGUUGCGAUCGUCCGUCUAUCUGGCCUCGAACGGCACUACUCACACGAAAAAACCAGAAAGCGGAGCUCAGCCACUCACCAAUGCCGAUGAGAGCAUUGUCCUCGCCGUCAAUGGCGAGAUCUACAACCACCGUCUUAUCCGGAAGAGCUUGAAGGAGCCCUAUCACUUCAAGACCACCUCGGACUGCGAGGUCGUCAUUCCCUUGUACAUGGAGUACGGUCUGGACGCGCCCAAGUACCUCGACGGCAUGUUCUCCUUCGUCUUGUACGACAAGAAGCAGGACCGCAUCAUCGCCGCUCGCGACCCCAUCGGCAUCACGACCCUCUACCAGGGCUGGUCGUCAGAACAGCCCGGCACCGUCUACUUCGCCUCGGAGCUCAAGUCGCUGCACCCCGUGUGCGACAAGAUUGAGUCGUUCCCGCCGGGACACAUCUACGACAGCCUGACAGGCGAGCGAACCAGGUAUUUCCAGCCGACAUGGUGGGACGGCCAGAAGAUCCCGGAGACGCCCGUGGAUCUGAAGCUGCUGCGCGAGACGCUCGAGAAGUCGGUCAGGAAACGGCUCAUGGCCGAGGUCCCCUACGGUGUUCUGCUCUCGGGCGGUCUGGAUUCCAGCUUGGUUGCGUCGAUUGCGCAGCGCGAGACCCUGAGGCUGAAGAAGCUGGCCGAGGAGGCCAACGGCAGCGCGGAUGAGGGCUCGGUCGACCCGGACAAGGGCGAGGGCCUGGUCGGUAUCGACGACGAGAACAAGCUGUCGACCAUGACCUUCCUUCCCCAGCUCAACUCCUUCUCGAUUGGUCUCCCGGGGUCGCCCGACAACGAGGCGGCGCUCAAGGUGGCCAAGUUCCUGGGCACCAAGCACCACGUCAUGACCUUCACCAUCGAGGACGGCCUCAACGCGCUCUCGGACGUCAUCUACCACCUCGAGACAUACGACGUGACGACAAUUCGCGCCUCGACGCCCAUGUACCUACUCUCGCGCAAGAUCAAGGCCAUGGGCAUCAAGAUGGUGCUCAGCGGCGAGGGUUCCGACGAGAUUUUUGGGGGUUACCUGUAUUUCCACGGCGCCCCGGACAAGGCCGCCUUCCACGAGGAGUGCGUACGCCGGGUCAAGAACCUGCACCUGGCCGACUGCCUGCGCGCCAACAAGUCGACCUCGGCCUGGGGCCUGGAGGCCCGCGUGCCGUUCCUCGACAAAGAGUUCCUCGAAGUCGCCAUGAACAUCGACCCCAAGGAGAAGAUGAUCACGGCCGAGCGCAUCGAAAAGUACAUUCUCCGCAAGGCGUUCGACACGUCAGACGAGCCCGAGGCGCAGCCGUACCUGCCCGAUAACAUCCUGUGGCGGCAGAAGGAGCAGUUCUCGGACGGCGUCGGCUACGGCUGGAUUGACGCGCUCAAGGACACGGCCGAGAAGAACGUCACGGACGAGAUGAUGAAGAACCCCAAGCCCGAGUGGGGUGACGAUAUCCCGGAUACCAAGGAGGCGUACUGGUACCGCCUCAUGUUUGACGAGCACUUCCCGCCGUCGUGCGCGUCGACUGUCAUGCGGUGGACGCCGAAGUGGUCUAAGCAGACGGAUCCCAGUGGCAGAGCGAUUGCCAUCCACAAGGCCAAGUACGCUGAUGCGGCGUGA